AUGACCUCCACUCUGACCCCCAUCCACACCCCCAUCCGCACCCCCAUCCACACCAACAUCGCAUUUCUCACCAUCGUAGCCAUUCAUCUUUGCGUCGACAGCAUGGAGGCAGUGGUGUGUUUCCAGUGCAGCAGCAACGUGACCAGCAAAUGUAUCAUGCCGCUUGGAACUGGCAGAGUAUGCGAGGGUGCUUAUUGCUAUAAACAGGAGUCCAAGAUUAAAAAAUGGGGUACGUACAAACGUGUGGUGGAGAGAGGUUGUAUGAUGAAGAGAAGCUUUCUGCCGAAAUGUUCGAAAGAGUUCAUAUACUCGUGUUCGUGUAAAUCGUACCUCUGCAAUGACUCGAAGACUAUCAAGGAAAAUGAAGCGACACAAUGCGUCGGUACGUCGAGUCGUGUGGAGAAUUUAGCCACUGGGGGGCGAAAGUUUAAAAACUGGAAUGACAUGCGGGCAGAUUUGCGUGUGUCAGAAUUGCAUUAUGAAGAAAAAGAAUGA